AAACCCGGAAUUACAUGGGUCUGUAAUGUGUGUAUUUUCUGUACUCCAACGACAUCUGUCGAGAACAAAGAUGUCGGGUCAUUGUGUCGGUGUGUCAUGUAACGUCGUCGAGCCCUGCAGUGUGUCAGGAACACGAGGCCUAUUGUUGCUGUGCUUCGUGAAUGAGGCUCAGUGGCCAGUUCAAGGCGUAGAAACUGUCCGUCCCUGCGCCUCCUUCUGCGCCUCCUCCUGCCUACAUCUCCUCCUCACCGUGCUCCUCUCUCCUCCUCCUCCUCUUCCCCCUCCUCCUCCUCCUCCACAGGUUCUGGCAUGUCUGGCGUGGACGGGCUGAUUGGUGCCGAGGAGCGUGUCAUCAACAGCAACAUGGACGACAACGUGGAAUCCUUCCGGCCUCUAGGAGAAGACUUCAGCUUCGGUAGCAGCGCUCUGAUUGGACUGCUUGUGAUCGCCGUAGCCAUAGCAACGGUGAUUGUGAUCAGCCUGAUGCUGCUGAGGAAGAGGCACUAUGGAACUAUCAGCCAUGGCAUCGUGGAGGUUGACCCAAUGUUGACCCCCGAAGAGCGCCACCUCAGCAAGAUGCAGAACCAUGGCUACGAGAACCCCACCUACAAAUACCUGGAGCAGAUGCAGAUCUAACUCGAGGCCACCACCGGGGUGCAAAGUGGAGGCGGAGCAUACUACUGACCAAUAACAUAACGCUAUUGUCGAAACUCAUUUGCAUACAUCCACUAUUCAUUUACAGAUUUGUUCGAAAUUAAAUCCUUGAAUAACGCUAAUACUUCUACUACUGCUACUGUUGUACAAUAGAGCUCUCUCUUAAAUCAUUUUUCCUUUUGAAAAGAAAAAAAUAAUACAGAGCACAAGUGAUGUAUCUACCUUUUUCUUUUGCAUUCUGGAAGACGUUAUUCUGCAACUCUCUGUAAUUACCAAGAUCAAGAUGUAUAACAUUUCUUCCUGUGAUUUUUGUUUGUAUUUGAAAAGUGUAAAAGAAAAUUUUAAAGUAAAAAAAAUGUGUGUUUGAGAGGCUGACCCAAUCGGCCGCCCUAGUAGCAGACAGCAGUACACUUGGUUGUCCGGUUCCUGAUGGGGAUUCUCAAAACGACUCGCUCUUUUCUCUUCUUGUUUUCGUCCUGAAUUGGAGUGCUUGUAUAUGAAGGUGCUUUGUACCAAUUCAAAUGUACAGUCAACCAACUGUUGAACAACAAUAUGAUGAACACAGAAUCAUAAAUCCAUUAUUUUCUCUUUCGUUCUUUGUUAUGAUAACAAAAUAUACAGAUAUGGAUUAAAUUCAUAUAUAUAUAUAAAAGAAUAAAUGUUUUAUUCCACAAUUUUUUCAGCGAGAAAAGAGCAGAGCAGUGGUCGACUGGAAAGUGGAGGGCACGUGUUGGGGAAAUGGCGGUUGGAGAUGCGUGUGCACAGAUUCUCCCCCAGCUCACAUACAUGACCUAUGACCCCUACCCCCCCCACCCAGCCAUGGCCAUACUAGAUGAACAUCAGUUGUGUUGCUGUGUGACAGCAGAAUGCUUCGCCAACGGCUUUUACGAUCUUCAGUUGGCGAUACAUUCGGUAGUUGAUCCCUACGUUUUUCAGGUCUUAACAGAUCUCGCACCCCAAACAGGGCAAUUUAAACAUGGCUGUAAUGCCGAACGCCCUAUGUGUAGGCACCAGAACGUAGGCCACAAACAUCCACAAAAAAGAACCUGAUGUGCUCUUGCGCAGACGGGUAGCACAGUCUGAUCCAAAAUAAUAUGAUGACAAACGGGGCCGGUAUGCUUUGCUGUUCAUGAAGCACAGAGCCGUGGGGAACACAGUGCAUUGUGGGAUAGGUGAUGUGAGCUGGAGGACUAUGCAAACAGAUAGACAGACAUAGCUUGGACGGCUGGUUUCCCGAACGAUAAAGUGAUUUAAAAACGGCACAAACAAACACUAGCAGAAUCCGAGAAUAAUAAGUAGGGUUGUUUGUUUCUUGAUAUUUCUCUCUUAGUAUUAUCUUUGUAUGCCUGUAUAGUUGAUGUGGCAAUCCUGACUUUUCCAGAGGAAAACCUGUGGUGUGCAUUGUUCUUAUAUGAAAUGAUAUAUGAAAUCUAUUUUUAAGUUUGUUUGUUUUCUCGUUUUCUAUUUUCUUCUCUUCCUGUGACAGUGUCUCUGUAUGUGACUGUCUCACUAUGCAGCCGACCGGUUCCAGCCAGUUCCUGCAGCUUGAUUCUGGGUAUAUGAUUGGGGGGAGGGGGGUGGGUGGCUAUUAAUAUUAUAUGCAUAUUAGUGAUGGAAAUGACACUUGUUGAAACCGAUUUAUGAUUACAGGGGAGGGAAACACAUUAAUAAACUCACCACUUCCAUA